AUGCAGCCGUCAAACCACACACGACAGGCAAACAGUUCGUCCUAUCUUUGUUCUUCCACCACCACCACCACCAUCAAGAUCAUGCUCGCACAACGAUCCGCACUACCGCGAUGGGCGGUCAUCGCCAUUGCCGCGCUCGUGCUUCUCGCCACCUCCACCCUCGCCGCCCCUUCCUCUCCAGAAAACUCGACAUCUCCGAUACCACCCGCAAAACAGCCGCACCACCACCACAAGCACCAACAAAAACAGGUCCGAGAUGAAUGGUCCUCCAUCAUGGGCUGGGUUUCCAUCGCAUGCUGGGUCUUGCCCUCUUUCAGUCAAAUGCACCAAAACUACGUCUCCAAGUCCGCAGAAGGCCUCUCCAUCACCUUUGUCGUCAUCUGGCUCGCAGGUGAUGCGCUCAACGCCGCAGGCGCCUGGUUCCAGGGUCUGCUUUGGACCAUGAUCAUCCUCGCUCUGUACUACUGCGCAUGCGACUGCGUGCUCAUCUUCCAGUACUGGUACUACUCCAAAUACUACCACCGCGGCGUCAAGAUCUCGACCAUCUCGGCGUCGCUCGAGGCCAACGAGCGCACGCCGCUCAUCGGCGACGGCAGCGUCAUCGAGGACGAUCUGUCGGCCAAGGACGAUUCGGACGACGACUCGUCGGUGCGCACCCAGAUCAUCAUGUACACCAUCGCUGCGCUCCUGGUCGUUGCCACGGGCGUGGCUGCAUGGUGGGUUGCCGAGCACUCGUACGGCUCUGAUGACGACUUGCCACCCGCCGCGCCCGAACCCAUCCUCAAGAACCGCACCACAAAGUGCGAGGGUCUCUCGCUUGCGCUCUUCGUCUUUGCCGUCGCAGGCAAUCUGACGUACGUCGCCAGCAUUUUGCUUAAAAGCACCAAACACGACUACCUCGUAGAGAGCUUCUCCUGGCUCGUCGGCAGCCUCGGCACCGUGUUUUUGGACUUUAUCGUGCUGGGGCAAUUCAUCCACUACCGCAGGGCCAGGCGCGAGAUCCACAGGCUCCGAAGGUCCAGCAUCGCCCACCACGAGCGCGAGCGUCCACGCAUCAACGCCACUCCCUCGGCCUGA